AUGAUAAUUCUUUUUAUUUCCUGGUUCAUUAUCUAUCUAUCUAUCUAUCUAUCUAUCUAUCUCACUCGUUUCAUAUCUAUCGAUUUAUCUCGUUCGGUUCAUAUCUCUCUUUCUCUCUAUCUCGUUCGUUUCAUAUCUAUCUACCUUGAACGGUUUAUAUCUAUCUAUUUCUCUAUCUACCUCUUUCGGUUGAAAUCUACUUAUCUCGUUCGGUUCAUCUCUGACACUCCCUCCCUCCCUCCCUCCCUCCUUCCCUCCCUAUCUAUCUAUCUAUCUAUCUAUCUUCUCUGGGCGAAUGAACCGGGCCCGCCGUCCGCGCUCAAACUCCCUCGCCGUCCGCGGCGCAACUCUCUCGCCAUCCGUGGCUGCAACUCUGCCUGUCGUUCACGGCUGAUCUCUGCUGGUCGUUCGCGGCUGAUCUCUCUCGCCGGGCGAAUGAACCGGGCCCGCCGUCCGCGCUCAAACUCCCUCGCCGUCCGCGGCGUCAAAGCCAUCCGUGGCUGCAAUGAACUGUCGUUCACGGCUGAUCUCUGCUGGUCGUUCGCGGCUUCUUCUCCCUCGCCGUCCGCGGCGCAACUCUUCUCUUCGGCUUGCGACGUCGCUACGAAUGUUUGGCCGCCACAAGUCAGUCAUCCUUGUGGUAACUUUUCUGACACCCCGGAGGAACGGAGCUCUCCGAUCGGAAAAGUUCGAUGGACAAUGCUUUCUUGUUGGCAUUUGCUCAUCGCCGUAAUAACUGUGACAGCGGAAACUGCCGCGCUCUCCUCAUUACCCCCGGCCCGUCUCCCCCGACGCUAG